UGGUGGUUUAAUUAACAGCAGAUCCUUUUAACUUUUGGUCGAUGAGUAACUAUGAGGUAGAGUGGUCACAAGGCUAUGAUUGUCUCCUGCUCGACCUGCUGGCCGGGGUCGUCCUCGCCUCUGCUUGCUAGAGCAGGAGGGACAGCACAAAUUAUGGCUGAGCCUGUGGAGGAUGAUGUAAGUUACCUUGGAUCACAAGAGGUAGCAGACUAUAUAUCCCCCAAUAAAGAGAACACCCCUGCCACACCAUACCAGAACACGACUUCUGAUCCAAGGACACCAGACCUUAAAGCAGCUGGGGUCUUCAGAACACCCUUGGUGUCUUCACAGGGUAAACAGGAUAAGAAAACCGUUGGGCGUGUCUUACCCAGUGGAGGUGCAGAACGAGUUUCUCCUUACAAUUCAAGCAGUCCAGUCACAAGUCCACGUACCCCAGACAGAAACCCAAAUUACAACAUUGAUGCCUCAGGCUCCACUUAUGCAUUACAGGUUGCUCUCAGAAACAUGAAGGAGCGAUACCACAAACUGCAGAAGAAAAUGGCCCUUAUAGAAGAUGAUAACCAAAGGCUUAUUAGUGGCAAGUCUGAGCUUUUUGGCGAAAUUGGAAAACUGCAGGAAAAUAGCAUCAAGCUGCGUGAGAAAAACCUGCACUUGAACCAAGAGAUUCACAAUAAGCAUCAGGAAUGUUGCUCACUGAAGGAGAAGUUCUCCGCUCUCUCGACAGAAAAUAUGACCCUGACAAGACAGCUGGCGAGAAGUGCACAGGAGAACAGAAAGUUAACAAGACAGAGGAGCUUGACAGUUUUGAUGAUCCUCCUUCAAGAUUUCUUUCAUCAUUAAAGGAUAAAUUAGAUGAAUUUGAACAGAUUAGUAGUAGUGAGCUUGCUGAAGUGAAUUCUGAAUGGGAUGAGGAGAGCAGUGAUGAACAUCUCAUGGAAUCAGUGGAGUCUGCAGCACAGCGCAUGAAAGACUUGCUCUCUAGCCUGCAGGAACAAAAUCACAGCCUCCUCCUGUUGUCUCCUCUCUUACAAUCAUUCACUUCAACAUCUGGGUCUCGAACUGGAAGUUCCCCAUUUGAUACUGACAGCAAAGAGGAUGCCACAGGGCCAUCUAGAAAUGGCACCUUAAACCAGCGAGACCGUGACCUCUCCACUCUGACAGUGACUCCUUCCACACAGUCUCAGAGUGCCACUCAGACUGGAGAUGAAACAACAUCAGAUGAAGAUGGAACGUGUCAGAGUCGGUUAGCAACAUGUGGAUCUGUACUUAAUCCAACCUUCAUCUCUUCAGGAGGAAUGAACACGAGUCAGACAACAGAUGACAGUGGAGGGGACAACAACAUUUUGGUGGAUGCUGCCACUCCAACAGCUGAUCGGCCCCAAAGUCCAUUUGACUGGAGACAAGUCCAGGUGAGUGACGACGAAGGCCGAGAAAAUGAUAUGCUACAGCCAGACACACGCACAGUCAGCACAUCACCAGACCCGACUUUAGAGGAUGAAGAGGAACGCAUCUGUCCUAUGUGCAAUGCAGUAUUUCCUCGGGUGAUACCACAAGAGUCAUUUGAAUCUCAUGUUGUAAGUCAUUUUGAAGUUGAAAAUGGAUUUGAAGUUAUUGCCUAGUGAAAAGAAUGUUAUACUGUCAGAGGACAUGGCUGUGUAACUCAAGAUUUUGACUGCUAAGAACUAAGGCUUCAAGUUUGUCUGCCUUAUUCUAAUUGUAUUUUGAAAAAAAUCCCUGAGAUCUAAAUUAAGAAGUGUGGGUUAAUGUCACAAAAUCUUCAUUUGAGAAACAAUCUAAAAGAAAAGAUUGAUUUCUUUAUUGGUUAAUAUUAUAUAUCCUCUGUGAUAACACCGUGCAAGGUAGCCUUUAUAAGUUACUUAAGGAAAUAUUUGAUAGGAGGAUAAGGGUAAGAGUGAUAUUUGUAAACAAAAGUAUUUAUGAUUAGAUCUUGAUCAUGUAAUUUAAAGUUUUUAGUACAUUAUGUUUAAGGAUAUGGAAGUACCACAGUUUUAUUAGCAGUCCAUCACCACAAAAAAGUGGACUUCUUAUUGGAAGUUCAAGAAGAAAAAGAAGUAAAAACUCUUUACAGAUAAAUCGCAUAUGUUAGUUGUACUAUGUUAACUGGCUUGGUCAAGUUUUGUUAAAUGCAUGGUUGGGUGACGAGUCAGGAUGUGUGUACUCUACCCCAUCAGGCACCUCUAUCCCACACUCCCAGUUAUCCUGGAUAGGCCUAACCCUUCCCCCUCUAAACUCUGUUCCAGUCAGCCACUCUUUUCACCCUCAGAUGCAUUAGAGGGCCUGCUACACCAUUCUCAUUAAAUUUGGUGCACUUUCAAGUUGUCAUGCCUGUUGAAUAUGAAUAUGUCCUCAGAUGUGAACUGAAAUGCUUUAAACCACCUUGAAAUCUAUGGUAAGGUUAAGACCUCAUUUGGAAUAACACAUAGGGUGCUAAGCAUAGACUCAUGAGGGUAAUCUACCCACUCUUGUUGCAAGUGACAGGAAAGACUGCAAAUCAAAGAAUUAGUGCUAACUCUUAUUUUCAAUAUCUUUUUGUGGACA